UUUCCCUCGCCCCCAAAUAAAAGUAAAGCCCGAAACCGCCCGCCGCGGGGUGGCUUUCGCCUCAGAAGCCGCCCUUUGCAGUCGCAGGCGCGAGCUCUCCGUGGGAGGUCUCGAGGUUGGGCCCGGAGCCGGGCGGAGGGCGGCGCGGCUAUGGCCUCGGCGCGGUAUCCGCCGAGCGGAACCCGGGUCUGGUUAACCCCGCGACAGGGUCCUCGAAGCGCGUCGGCGCUGGCGACCCUGAGGGAAGAGGCGCGCCCCUUACCCUCCUGGAGCUUGCAGUCUAGCGGGCAACCGACGCACGGGCGUCGCGCACGCCCCAGACAGUCCUGGAGAGAGGCGCCUGGCAGCGGGGACAGAGUGGGGACAGUAGGCGGCUUUACCCCUGGCUAGGAAUGACACAAGGGCGUCUGUUCCCUUCGGGAUGGGCGACCCAGCCGAGGGUGACUUUCUCUUUGAUCUUGUAUGUCAAAAAACGAAGCCUGGCAUUUCUCACUUUCAUCGACGCCGUGCAGCUGGCGGCUGAAUCGCUUUGAAAUGAUUGCAGUGUGAAAUAAUGUCUGGUUGUGGCGUUAGUGUUUUGAAAAGCAUUGAUUGGGCAACUGGUAGUCUUUGAGAACCUUUAGGGUUCAGAAGCUCGGCGUGGAUCUGGCAGGCAUCUUUGUCAAACUGGCCUCACCUGUGAUGAGUUCGUAGGCAUUUAUGUCGCAGAAUGCAUUUUAACCUGAGGUUUUUGUUAACAGAAAUGUGUUCUUCUAAAAUGCUCUUUUUUCUUUGGAGUUUAUCAUAUGCAGUUAUCUCCGUGUCUUAAUUAGAAUCAAUACUGUUGCCCUAAAGUCGAAUGUAUUAGCUCUUUAAUACUUGCCGUUAUCUUUUAGGGUUAGGUUUGGUCUGUGAGCUAUCUGUCCAUUCCUACCCGAUCACCAGCAGGUGGCAGUCCCUUCUGACUUUAAAUAUAGGGUGUGCUAUCUUUGCCAGUUUGUUUGUUUGUUUGUUUGUUUUUAAAUAGAGAUGGUGUGAGAGGCGUGUGAACUAGAACAACUCCAUCUUAAACAGGAGCUGGGUAAAAUGGGGCUGAAACCUACUGGGCUGCAUUCCCAGACAGUUAAGGCAUUCUAAGUCACAGGAUGAGACAAGUCAGCACUAAAUACAGGUCAUAAAGACCUUGCUGAUAAAACAGGUUGCAGUAAAGAAGCCGGCCAAAACUGAAAUGGCCACAAGAGUGACCCCUGGUCAUCCUCACUGCUACACUCCCAUCAGCGCCAUUUACAAAUCCCAUGGCAAUGUCAGGAAGUUACCCUAUAUGGUCUAAAAAGGGGAGGCGUGAAUAAUCCACCCCUUGUUUAGCCUAUCAUUGAGAAAUAACAGUAAAAAGGGGUAACCAGCAGCCCUUGGGGCUGCUCUGUCUAUGGAGUAGCCAUUCUUUUUAUUCCUUUACUUUCUUCAUAAUGUUAACUUUUACAUCGCACUGUGGACUUGCCCUGAAUUAUUUCUUGCGCGAGAUCCAAGAACCCUCAGUUGGGGUCUGGAUCAGGACGCCUGUCCUGUAACAUAUUUCUGGCGACCACAAAGGGACUAUAGUGCAGAAACCCUGACCCAACGGCUACCUUUGGUUGAUUAUGGAAGAUUCCCACAAGAGUACCACGUCAGAGACAGCACCUCAACCUGGUUCAGCAGUUCAGGGAGCUCACAUUUCUCAUAUUGCUCAACAGGUAUCAUCUUUAUCAGAAAGUGAGGAGUCCCAGGACUCAUCCGACAGCAUAGGCUCCUCACAGAAAGCCCACGGGAUCCUAGCACGGCGCCCAUCUUACAGAAAAAUUUUGAAAGACUUAUCUUCUGAAGAUACACGGGGCAGAAAAGGAGACGGAGAAAAUUCUGGAGUUUCUGCUGUCACUUCUAUGUCUGUUCCAACUCCCAUCUAUCAGACUAGCAGCGGACAGUACAUUGCCAUUGCCCCAAAUGGAGCCUUACAGUUGGCAAGUCCAGGCACAGAUGGAGUACAGGGACUUCAGACAUUAACCAUGACAAAUUCAGGCAGUACUCAGCAAGGUACAACUAUUCUUCAGUAUGCACAGACAUCUGAUGGACAGCAGAUACUUGUGCCCAGCAAUCAGGUGGUCGUACAAACUGCAUCAGGAGAUAUGCAAACAUAUCAGAUCCGAACUACACCUUCAGCUACUUCUCUGCCACAAACUGUGGUGAUGACAUCUCCUGUGACUCUUACCUCUCAGACAACUAAGACAGAUGACCCCCAAUUGAAAAGAGAAAUAAGGUUAAUGAAAAACAGAGAAGCUGCUCGAGAAUGUCGCAGAAAGAAGAAAGAAUAUGUGAAAUGCCUGGAAAACCGAGUUGCAGUCCUGGAAAAUCAAAAUAAAACUCUAAUAGAAGAGUUAAAAACUUUGAAGGAUCUUUAUUCCAAUAAAAGUGUUUGAUUCCUAAGAAAGAAAAUAUUUUUGUGGACAUGCAUAAAAAUUAAAUGGAUUUCUUAGUGGAGUUUUAUAAAUUAAAAGGUCAAAACUGAAGCUUUUUAUUUAGGCUUUUCCAAAUCAAGGAUAAAUAUCUUACGCACGAUAUCUAGUGACAGAGGAGAAAGUGGAAAAUGACCUCAAGGAAGCUACGGGCACAACUGGAAGCUUUGUAGAAAUUAAACAUAUUCAAGGAGCAAGAAAUGAACUUUCAGCAGUCUAAAUUUUCUAAAUAACCAAUAGUUGCCAAUCUAAAAUGGCAGAGAAGAUGAAAUUUGAUAAACUGAAUUUUUUAAAAAAAUCCAUUUACCCUACAGGUUUGCAUUUCUGUUUGUUUGCUGAAAUUUACCUUUUUUUAGUUAUAUAUGUGUGUGUGUGUGUGUGUGUGUGUGUGUAAUUUCUGCCAAUAAAUUCUAAAUUACAAAGGUAAGAGAAAACCUAGUACAUUACUAAAUAUAUAAAGUAUGUGUUCUGAUUAUGUAUACUUGUUCUAGUGUCAAGUCUUUUUAAGUGGGUUUUUUAAAGUUUGUUUAAUGGACUGGAAUGGAUUUUUGAGACUAGGUUAAUUAUUUUUGAGGUCUUAUCCUAAAAGGCAUCUAAGGUACAUGAAUGGAGUAUGGUGAUUUUAUAACAUUUUUUAUCAGAAUGGAAAAAGAACUGUUUAAAAGUUUGAUACUUUUAAAUAGUUGGUUUUUUUGCUUACUCUGGUAAUGAUUUUCUACAAAUACAUAAUAAAUUGUUUUUUUGAUUCUAUAUUCUGUAUGCAGUUGAAUAUCCAUUACUUAUUCUGCUGUGCUUUAAUAGAAUGGAAUGUUUACAGGCCCUUAAAAUAUUAUUUUUUAAAAACCUUCUGAAGAUACAUACCAAAGUUUUUCCAAGAAGAUUUUAUAAUCAAUUUAAUAAUGUAAGGUUUAUCAGAUUCUAUAAUAGUAUAGUUAUUAAGGCAAUUUUAUGUUAGAGACUAUUUUGUAAUGAAGUGAAUGGUACCUUUAUAAGAAAAGUGACUGCCAAUAUAUUUUUAUAGCUGAUCUUUAUAAAUUCUAAUGUUGAGUUUUUAAUGAUUAUUUUAAAUGUUUAUAUAGUUUAGUAAAAUUUGCAUCUCAAAGUAUCAUUUUUAUAUUAUGGGACGUUUUCAGAUUGGCUAAUAUUUGCAUUGUAAAUUUUGUAUGCAGUUUAUCUAAAAUUCAGAAAUACUGUCAGUACACCAGUGUUUAACAUCUAUAUUCCAAUUUGUAUACAGUUUAAAAUUGUACUGCAAAACUAUUGUGUGCUCUUACACAGUAUGUAUCAUAUUGUUGUCUGUGAAAUUAAAGGACAUUUGAUAGUCUGCUGAAUGUAAAAUAUAAUGCUUGGUAUAUGAAUGAUAAGCUUGCUCCUGGCCAUGCUGUUAAUUAUCCUAAUGCUAUGUAGAAAUCUUCACUUAACUGAUACAUUUGUGUUUGACCCUCGUGAUGAAAUUUCUCAUUAAAAGGGUCUUUUAAAAUGGGA